UUGGUUGAAAAUGGUAAGGGCAAUUACAGCGACAACCAAGUUGCCGCAAUCACUUCUACCACUGUGGAGCCUAAUACGUCUCGCGCGAAAACUGGGAUUGUUCUUUGUCUAAAUGAGGCCAUUUGUGCCGACUUAUCCGCCAGUAGCAAUGCGGUCUCAUCCAGUUACAGUAAAUUCGGGGAGGAAAUGAGUGAAUCCUUUAAAACAGGUAUCGCUAAAAUCGAUGAACUUAUCGAAGUUAUCAAUGGAUACAAAACUGAUUUUUAA